AUGACGAAGUUGUGUAUAUAUUGCGGGAGGCUUAAUGAAAAGGUACCUGUGGCCUUUGUUCUUGGCUUUUACGUUACUUUGGUGGUUGGGAGGUGGUGGGACCAGUUUAUGUCUUUGCCAUGGCCAGACGAAAUAGCCUUUAGUUUAACUGCAUUCUUCCACGGUACAAACGAAAGAGCCAUAUGCAUGCGGCGUUCUGUCAUGCGCUAUGUGAAUUUAUCCUUUUGUCUAGCCCUGCGAAAUAUUUCAUCUCGCGCUCGAUUGAGGUUUCCUCAGGAGCAGCAUCUGUUGGCUUAA